CUGAAGCUGUGGAACAAGUACAGAGUCUCCAACAUUCCUUCCCUGAUAUUUAUCGAUGCCUCCACCGGGAAGGUGGUUUGCAGGAAUGGCCUCCUGGUAAUCCGAGAUGACCCAGAAGGACUGGAGUUCCCCUGGGGGCCAAAACCCUUCAGUGAAGUUGUUGCUGGGCCUCUGCUAAGGAACAACGGCCAGACGCUAGACAGCAAUGCCCUGGAGGGCUCGCACGUGGGGGUCUAUUUCUCCGCACACUGGUGCCCGCCGUGCCGAAGCCUCACGAGGGUCCUGGUGGAGUCCUACCGGAAAAUCAAGGAGGCGGGCCAGAAGUUUGAGAUACUCUUCGUUAGUGCAGACAGGUCAGAGGAUUCCUUCAAGCAGUAUUUCAGCGAGAUGCCCUGGGUAGCCGUGCCGUACGCCGACGAGGCCAGACGGUCGCGCCUGAAUCGACUCUAUGGCAUACAAGGCAUCCCGACUCUCAUCGUCCUGGACUCCAAGGGAGACGUGAUCACACGGCAGGGGCGGGUGGAGGUGCUGAACGACAUCGAAUGCCGCGAGUUCCCCUGGCAUCCCAAGCCCGUGCUGGAGCUGACGGACUCCAACGCCGUGCAGCUGAAUGAGGGCCCGUGCCUCGUUCUCUUUGUAGAUUCAGAGGAUGACGGAGAGUCGGAGGCAGCGAAACAACUGAUUCAGCCCAUAGCUGAAAAAAUCAUUGCCAAGUACAAAGCCAAAGAGGAGGAGGCACCGUUGCUCUUCUUUGUGGCAGGCGAG